UGUAGUGUAUGGGCUUCUAUGCCUUGAGAAGAGUUGGGAAGGGUGAUUGGGACUGGAACUAGGUGUCUGUGCUUAUGUUGUGGCUCUCUGGUGAAAGCAAAGCGGGAGGCCCCUGCCUCUGGGAGUGGCUGCUUCCCUGUGUGCAUGGAAAGGGAAAAUGUGUAUCAAGAGGAAAUACAAAGUUACCAUUAUUGUCAAAUGAUUGUUCGUGUUGCUUGCAGUAGUUACAGUCUGUAACACCUGUCUCCAUUCAUACGCUCUGUAUGCUCUCUGUGUGCGUGUACAGCUGUUCCAAGAAUUUUAAGUGUGUUUUUAAAUCUUUUAGUACUCUUCUGUCUUUCUGCUUCUACAGCUAGAUAUAUGCUAAUGAAGGCCAGAUUUAUGCUGUUUACUCUGUGGGAUAGGGUGUUUUGUUUUGCCCUAGUGACUUAAAAUUGUUUUUCUAGAUCCCUCAGUGCCAUAGUGCUUUGUCAUUUUCUCAUGGUACUCUUUUUACAGCAGAAAGUGGAGGCUUGUACCUUUACAAGAGAAAAGUACAUCUUUCCUGCAAAGUCUGUAUAGGCUUUCUCCUUGCAAUUCUGCACUUGCCAUUUUGGGCCUUGGGACCAAGUAAUUUCAUUGAGGUGGUAAUCUGUACAUUUGUCACGUGCCUCUAAUUUAUUACAUAUUGCCUGGAUAUCACCUCUAGGAAUAUUCCUUUCCUUGGUGUGUAACACAUAUGAAACUGAACUGAGUACUGAAUGAAUACACAGUGUUCAAAAGAGUUCAUGCAAGUGCUUCAGGAUGACCUUUCUGAAUAAAAACUACCUUUUGCAGGUUGAGCUUAGUGUAUCACAGUAGCUGCAGAAUGUAUGUACUGUUAGUUUUUUUUUAAUUAGCAAGUUUUUUUGGGAUGGUUUGGAGGUUUUGUUUUUUUUUUUAAAAAGAUGAUUGCCAAAGACCUUCAUAAUGUCAGGAACUUAAAAAGUACAUUACGGCUGCAUGGAUUUGCACUGUAGGAACCUACUUUAGAGGGAAGAACACCUUUGAUUUGUGAAAGAAAGUGAUCUAAUCUGACACAUAACCUUUUUCAACUUGUAGCUUCUAAUCACUUUCUGGUAGAUGAGUGAAGUUCUGUUUAAGAGAUUUAAGUGUAGUGGCAAUAUAAUUUUCUUUCCCCUAAUAGUUUCUUUCAUAUUUUUCAAAGAUCUGUGACUGUUGAUUGAAAACUAUUGUGCAAUUUUUUUAUUGGAUGCUAGCUGAACCACAGGCUUGGUGACUACAUGUGCCCAUUAACUUACUGUAGUAAUAUCUGUUUUAUUCUGACUGACACGGAUCCUUUUGGUAUUUUCCCUAGACAAUCUGCUUCAUCUUGGUUCAUCAUCAUUCCAGGAUAGUGGUGUCCUUGGGGCUCUCUCUUAACACUGACAUGGUACAGAAGAUUUAAAAUCAGCUGAUGUUCACAAGGAAUAGAGUCACGUGAUGUAUGAAGGCAAACACAUACACUUCUCUGAGGUUGACAAUAAGCCCUUGUGCUCAUAUAGCCCCAAACUGUGCAAGCAGAGGCGACUUAACGGCUACGCCUUCUGUAUCAGACACGUUCUGGAGGACAAGACUGCCCCCUUCAAGCAAUGUGAAUAUGUGGCCAAGUACAACAGCCAACGCUGCACCAACCCCAUCCCCAAGUCUGAGGACCGUAGGUACUGCAACAGCCACCUGCAGGUACUUGGCUUUAUACCGAAAAAGGAGAGGAAGAAAAAGAAUGAUCCCAUAGAGGACGUAAAGGUCAGGCAUCAGAUGGAUGCUAUGGCCUUCAGUCUGACAGUGCCCACCCUGGCCUUGAAGAUGCCCAAUGGACUGGAUGGGAUGUCCCUGUCCCCUCCAGGGGCGAGGCUUCCUCUCCACUACCUGGAGGCAGAACUAGAAGACCCCUUUGCUUUCAAUGAGGAGGAUGAUGACCUAAAGAAAGGGGCAACAGUGAAGAAAAAGUUGCAGAGCAAGUUGGCUCAAAACCGGCAGCGCCAGAGAGAGACAGAGAUUUUAAAAGUUCGCCAAGAGCACUUUAGCCCCAUUCCUGCACCUUUGCAGCAGCAGCCUCUGCAGCAGCAGCACUCCCAUCUGCCACCUUCAUCAGCUUCGUUAAAGCCGACAGGGCUACCGCAGGGCAUAGUCUGCAAGUCACCUCAACCUCUGAACACCAGCCUACCAAUGCAGGGAGUGGCACCCACCACACACACUAUAGCACAAGCACGGCAGUUGUCUAACAAGAGACCUCUGCCUCUCCUGCCACCCGCCAGGGCUCCUGUCACGGACCCGCCAAGGACUGACCGGGUCCUCAUGAAAGCCACAGCCUUCUCUCCGCACUCGUCCUGCAUGAGCCGGCUCCAGAGACUGGUGAAACUGUGCACUCGAAAACAGCAGCUGGACACUGAUCUGUUUCCUCACUUAGGGCUGGAUUGGUCUGAAGACAGUGGAGAAGAAUUGGAGGAUUCAGAGCAAACCUCCCCUUACCAGGUUGCGUGGUCUAUCCGAGAAAGCCUCGGCUAUGAGAGACCUGAGUCCGAUGAUGACAAUGCAGAUGACAGGAGUUCCAGGGUGACCAGACUUUGCACUUACUUUCAGCAGAAAUACAAGCACCUCUGCCGCCUGGAGCGGGCAGAAUCUCGCCAGAAGAAAUGCCGGCACACGCUCCGGAAAGCCUUGCUGCAGGCGGCCAGCAGAGAGCCGGAGCGCGCGGGGCAGCUCCUGCAGGAACUCCGGAGAGCUACGUGUGCUUGUACCAGCACAAGCCAAGCAAGGCAGAGAGAGGCAGAACCAACAACCUGCAGUGGGACUUCGAAGGGAGAGCAGUGCACUAACAAGGCCCUUCCAUUCACCAGGCACUGUUUUCAACAUAUCUUAUUGAACCGUUCUCAGCAGCUCUUCUCGAGUUGCACAGCCAAGUUUGCUGAUGGUCAACAGUGCUCUGUGCCAGUUUUUGACAUUACACAUCAGACACCUCUGUGCGAAGAACAUGCCAAAAAAAUGGAUAAUUUCUUGAGAGGGGACAGCUCCCGUAAAGUUCAGCACCAGCAGCAGAGGAAACCCAGGAAAAAAACGAAGCCACCUGCACUUACCAAAAAACACAAGAAGAAGAGAAGGCGAGGCCCGCGCCGGCCCCAGAAACCCAUUCCUCCUGCAGUGCCCCAAGGGAACCUCACCAUGCCUGCCAGUGUCUCACUGCCAGUAGAGAUACCCCACAUACGGAGCCCCUCCACACCAGAGCUCAGUGCCGACGAGCUGCCUGAUGAUAUCGCCAAUGAAAUCACAGACAUUCCACAUGACUUGGAAUUGAAUCAGGAGGACUUCUCUGAUGUCCUGCCGCGGCUGCCCGAUGACUUGCAAGAUUUUGAUUUCUUCGAAGGUAAAAAUGGAGAUCUUCUUCCGACCACAGAAGAGGCUGAAGAACUGGAACGGGCCCUACAGGCUGUAACUUCCCUUGAGUGCCUGAGUACCAUUGGAGUACUUACACAGACAGAUGGUGUGCCAGUUCAGGAGCUGUCAGAUAGAGCGAUAGGGGUGUUCUCUACAGGUGCUGGAGCUCCAGGAAUGCAGUCCUUGAGUCGAGAGGUUAACACGGAUCUGGGGGAGCUGUUGAAUGGGCGUAUAGUACAUGAUAAUUUCUCCGGUCUGGAGCUGGAUGAGAACUUGCUCCGUUCUGCUACCUUGUCCAACCCACCUACGCCCCUGGCAGGGCAGAUCCAGGGGCAGUUCUCAGCCCCAGCCAACGUUGGCCUUACUUCUGCCACUCUGAUAAGCCAGAGUGGCCUUGGGGAGAGAGCCUUCCCGGGACAGUUUCAUGGACUUCAUGAUGGCAGCCAUGCCUCCCAGAGGCCCCACCCUGCCCAGCUGCUGAGCAAGGCAGAUGACCUGAUCACCUCACGACAGCAAUACAGCAGUGACCAUUCACACUCCUCACCCCAUGGAAGCCAUUAUGAUAGUGAGCAUGUGCCGUCUCCCUACAGUGACCAUAUCACAUCCCCUCACACCACAUCCUUUUCUGGUGAUAACUUGGCAGCUACCUUCUCAGCAGAGAUGCCCAUGAUGGCACAGCACUUGCUCCCAACUCAGCUGGAUGUGCCACUUAGCGGGGUGGUCAACCCCAGAACUCACUGGGGAAAUCUUCCUGUCAAUCUUGGGGACCCCUCUCCGUUUAGCAACCUUCUUGGUGCAGAUGGACACCUCCUGUCCACCUCCCUGUCCACACCACCUACCACCUCGCACUCAGAGACCACACAGCCUGCCUUCGCCACUGUGACCCCCAACAGCUCCAGUGUGCUUCCGGGGUUACCGCAGACCAGUUUCAGUGGCAUGGGUCCUGCCUCCGCUGAACUCAUGGGCUCCACCUCCCCUAAACAACAGCUCCCUCAGUUCAGCGCAGCCUUUGGGCACCAGCUGAGCUCCCACAGUGGCAUUCCCAAGGACCUGCAGCCCAGCCACAGCUCCAUAGCUCCUCCCACGGGCUUCGCAGUGACCGGUGCCACCGCUACCAGUACCAAUAACGCAUCUGCGCCCUUCACCACCUCCAACUGAGCUUGUCUGCCUGGCUCCCUGCAGGUAGAUGGGGGACCUGUGUUUUCUAUCUUUCCUUUUUUCCUUUCUCUUUAUUUUGUCUGUCUUCUCUUCCCUUUUUUUUAAGAGGGGGUUGAGAAGAAAACCCCUGCUUCAGUACUGACCAGGGUUAGCCCUCUGUGAACCUUGCUGUAGCAUUCACAUGUGCUUGUUAGGCACUGGUGCUCAUUUAUUGCAGGCAGGUUCACUGUUCCCCAGUAAUUCCUCAAGGAUACAGCACAGUUACUGGAUGUAAUUGAUCUUAGCAGUAAGACCUAGAAAUGGGAAGAUACCUCAGAUCACUGAUGCAUGUUACUGUUCUCUAGGGUUUGGAUCAGUGCUUGCCAUCCCAUUAGCAUCUGGUAGAAAGUUUUCCAGUGGGCAGAAGUCUCUUGAUUUGUUUUUUUUUUUUUUAAUUUACUCUUUUUCCAAACGUAGCAUCUGGCAUGGAAAACUUGGCUGCACACAUUGAUUUAAGAGUGGUGCACUAAGUCCUAAAUCAAGAUCAUGAUUCAAAGAUGAGUUUGGCAGUUUCUUGAAGUAGUCUCUUGACCUCCUCUGUGUGUGUGUGUGUGUGUGUGUGUUUGGGGUGCAGGGAGCAGUGAUUCCUUUUCUUCUUCUGGUGAAGAAGUAGGAGUUGUCCCCUUCCAGAACUGCUCACUGUUCAUACUGCAUGCUGAUUUUUGGGAUUUUUUUAUUAUCAUGAUUUAUAAUUCAUUGAGUAGCAAAGGGAUCAGUUGACUGGUUGCCCAUAAGUUUGAAGGCUGAUAUGAAGUUAGCCCAGGAAAAAAGAAUAAAGAAAGAUAAACAGAAGGAUUAAAAUAUGGAUCAUGGAUUAGAGAUGAUUCCUGUGAAAAAUUCCCUUCCUUGUUGAAUUACUGUGGCCUUGUAGCAUUGAUGAUUUGCCUUUUAAAGUGUGUCUUUGUCCAGAACUCUUCGCCUGACAGGCUGACAGGAAUUUCCCAGCUGAAACAGGAAGAAUUAGGUUGGUUUUCUGCCCAUCCACACAAGUCUAGGUCAGACCAAUUGUAAGUUUCAAAUGGAUUCAUUUCUCACAGUAUGUCUAACUAGUGAGACUUUCUUGGACAGUUUAUAAUCCCUUGAGGGCCAUAUCUUUUUUCCAACACUUGAAGGGUUUGAUGCUCUGUUUGGGAAGCUGAAUGUCUGUAAGGAACUAGCAGGUACCUAUCAGCAGUCAUGGCUUACCAAAAAGAAAUCACUAAAGCAAAAUAGGUAACAAUUCCUUCUGCCUGCAGGAUGGUUUUGUUUGCAUGAUCACCUGCUAAUGACAGUAUUCACUCUUUGGUAGUUGUUGCAGUUCCUAAAGAAAGGAGUCAGCUAGGUUUUAGAUUUUUAAAAAUAAUUACUAUUUUUUAGUUUUGUUUUUUAAACCAAGAGAUAAUAGCAGCAGAAAUUCUGAGGUGUUUACUUGCAUCUCCUUAUCAAGAAGGAAUUUGCUUAUGACUCUGUAGGGCUCAAACUUGCUACUGUGCUCAGACUUUGACUGUAAAAGUUGCUCCUGUUUAAUACAAGUCUCUACUCUUCUUGGUUUAUUUCAGAGUAGCAGAUGAGAGAAAAUAGAAAAGUCUACAUUUCAGUCUUGUACUGUAGGUGAUGAAUUUUAUUCUACCUGUAUGUAUUCUAGUCUAUUUCAGGAAAUUAACGGAACCAAGCACAUGUAAUAGAGAGGCCUAAAAACUUUCUGAGCAAAGGAUCACUGAAUGAAUUUAGUUGCUAUAGAAAUUCAUUUCAUUAGCAGUCAGGCACAUACCAAAAUAUCUGACCCAAACCUCUCCUUCCAUCUUCCUAAGGAACAGAUUUUAAACGGGAUAGGUCUUGUGUCUUCUUACUAUUGUAGCAAUCAUACUGUCCCUCUUUUCUUGAAUGAUCUGUCCUCUUUAAAUAUAAAAGAGUAUGGAUGAUGCAUAUGUCCUUUUCUGAAAUUGCAAGUGUAUGUGGGUGGAAGAAACAAAAAUUAUUUUCAUGCUUCUGUUGUUAUGAAGUCAUUAUUUCAUACUUGGUAAAAUAGAUCUUAAUAAUAUAAGCCGAAUAUUUUGAGUGGUGAAUUAAAUAUGUUUGUAACACUUAAAUGUUUUUAAAUCACAUAAAAAGUUUAAUUGAAACCUAUGAAAUCCUGCUUGUGAUUGUCCUGCUGAUUGAGGAAUGCCCAGUGAUAUUGUGAAUGAGGCAAAUCUGACAAGGCUUUUAUUUAUUUUUAUAUUAUGUUACCCAUGUUUUGUUGAGGAGACAACUGUUUGAUUUGCAGAUGAUUUUUGUUGUAUUCAUAUACCUUCUUCAAUGUGCUGGCAUGUCUGACUGACAAAGAGUGGAAAACUAGUAUACCAAAUGGUGAAUUCUUUAAUCUGCUUGUGUAUUCAUGUAAUUUUAGACGGUGUUAAUUUCUAUGUAUUGGUUUCAGGACUUUGGUCUUGAAAUGGUUCUUGUGCCCAUCAAACUUCUGAUGAAGUAAUGAAACUGCAGCUAGUGCAGAGCAUAUUUGACCCACAUCAUAUUUCUCUUUCUUAGCAAAUGCUGGGAAGGGAAGAGAGGAUAGGAACUGAGAGCCAAGUUCUGCUUGGUUGUGUUGGUAUAAAUUACAGAGGAACUUUCUGAUCUACGGUCACAGUGAAUUUGUACUGGACUAACUCAGAACAGAGCCCAGCUCCUAAUCUGUGCAUUGAUUUAGGGAAUUUCAAAAGCUGUCAGAGCAAUGCAGGUCCAUGAUUACCAUUUGAAAUCAAUGGCCUUUAUGUACCUGUGUUUCUUUAAAGUAGCUUAGGACAUCAAGUCUCUUCCCCCACUUAGAUUUCAAUCUUUGUAUAUUGCUUGACGGCUCUUCCCUGAGAACUGACUGCGUAACAUUUUUCCAUGAGCAAACUAAGUUUGCAAUAAAGCUGCACUUUCAAAAAUAAACUUCAGUUUGUAUACAAUUGAAAUAGGAAUCCCUCUGUCCUGUCUGCCACAGUGUUCUGAAACGGGCCACCACUCUUGCCUUUUCCUGGUUCACCUCUCUUUUUUUCACUACCACCAAUUUCAUGGUUACAUGGCUACCAAGCAGUUACGGGUCUUGAUCUUAGCUUUACAAGGUGGAUCAUUCCAGGUGGGUUUCUACACCCACAAAACCUGUUGACUUUAGUGCAUCAGUGUCUUACUGUUGGAUGUGAGAGAUCUACUUGAGAGGUAUGUGUAGUCAAGAGAUAUUCCACACCUCUUCCUCUGGGAAAUCCUGCUGGCCUGGUUAAGGCGGUCCUUGAGGCUGUUAUUUAUGUGGUUCCCAAGUAGAAUCCAUGCUCCCUCAAGAAUGUUUUUGAUUAUCAGCUCUUAUAGCAAUUAGCAUUUUUGUCACCCCUUCACCAAAGAGCCAGUGUAGCAAUUUCAGAUGCUCAAUACCUGUUGUGCCCUUUGUGUGUUGACAAAUGGAAUAAGGUUAGUCGAACAUGAAAGUUAAUUUCUUCAGAUAAGGUUGGACUUUUAAAGAAUGAAAAGAAAUUAGACAUAGAAUAGAAUAUAAUUUACAUAAUUUUGGCAAUAAUAGCACCUCAAUUAGUCUCUGUACAAAAGUACUUAACACACGAUGAAUUUUGGCAGUGUACAGAGGCUUAUCAUGAAUAGCUUCAUAACUCUCCUGGUGCAUAAGGCAUUCUUUAAGACAUGCUUUGACAUUUCCUUUCACCUAGGAAGACCUUACACCAGCUUUGAGGGGAACCAUAUGCACUUAGAUACCUCAAAGUUGAUUUGUUCUUUGGCUUCAUAAUUAUGAAUCAAGAACUUUGUCUCCUCCAGCCUUCCAGUUCCUCCAGGUUCUUGCUUAGAUCCCUUCUCAUUAGUAGCAUGCUUCUCUCUAUGGCUGAGCAUAAAGGCUUUAAUUUGAUAAUGCUGAGAGGUAGCACAGUUGCAGAUAUGCCUCAGGCACUGUGGAGAAAAUGGCAAUAGCUAGAUUUCCAACUGGAAAUGGGGAUUUGCAGUUCUCUUUUGGAAAGCAUUGAAAACCCUGAGAAGCUUAUCACCUGCUAGGCAAAAAUCAGAGAAAAGAAAUUGUCAAAGAGGAAUUGUACCUAAUAGCAAAGAGAAGCCAAGGGAAGUGGCUUUUUAUUUUUUUUUUUUUUUUUAAUAAAAGGAAGAUUAGUAUUGAAAAAUUAGGAUAUUCUAUUGUGAGCUGCCACUGGCUUUAGGGGCAUGGCCAAGGCAAAAGACCUAGGACUGAACCUAGGCUAAUUCAGUAGCCAAAUUCAGUAUGAAACUUUGUCUUGCUGUAACCACAUCUAAAUGUAGUCUGGGAUUGAAUCUACUUGCCAAGAGAGUCCUGCAAAGGUGUACAAUAAACACUGGGCAGUUUUCUUCCCUGAGAAGCUGGCCCUGGUGGCUACCUAUGCUGCUUCUGAGCUCCAGCUGUUCCCUGAGCUCCUGCAGCCUCUUUGCUGCUGCAUAUCCCUGUAGGCAUUGUCAGGCCUCCAAGGGUAUUUCUCCCUGACUUUGUGCUGCAGUGAGCUAAAUCCGCUCAUGAAUUCUCCCAACAGUAUGAACCCUUUGGGGAGAGAGGAGGGAAAAAUUUUUAGAAGAGCCAGCUACCUGCAGUUAACCUGUCAAGACUUGCAGGGUGCAGGACGGUGGCAGGAGGUGCUUUCAGCUGACAAAUGAUAGAGAAGUUACCUGCAGUGAUCUUCAGCAGAGAAACAUUUGUGUGGCUGUCCAGGGAGCUUCCCUGGUGGAACUGGGGUAUUUUUUCUUUUGUAUUUUUACAUGUGAAGGAGUCUUCUGUGCAGACCUCUUGCAAGGUCCAGUGGUGGCAGAAAUAGUAACUGAAGGAAUAGUUUGGGGCUAGUCUGCUGGCAGGACCUUUAGGUCCUUUCUCGCCUUCUGAUAACAAGGUCUUUCUGAUCUUUUGGGUAACAUUUAGUGAUGGGGAUUUGUGGGCUACUUCUUGUACCUCCUUUAUUUCCUUCCACUCUAGAUUCUUCAUCAUUCUUGCAUCUAUUUUCCCAUUCUCAGACCCUUCUCCAAUGUAAGUUAUGCCAGCUGGUAAGUCUUCUGUGGUUCUGAGCGAAUCUGACUAAAAUGAAAAGGAGGAAAGAUUUCUGCAAUUCAUAACAUAUAUUUGGAUGCUAGAAUGACAGUGCAAUAGAUCAAAGUAUUUUUCAGAUCAGUGAAUAAGGAGAUGUUUCACAGCAUGCUAAUAUGUCAUGAACUAGAUGCUAAGGGUACAUCGAUCAUGGGAAUGCACAUGCUAGCAGUGAAUAUGCAGGCAUUUUUAGCAAGAAUUUACAUUCUCAGAAGUUCCUCUUCUUUUGAGAUGCGUAUCAAUAGAAAGUCACAAAUAAAAAUGUAAAUUACUCUUUCUUAAUACACUCAAGCCCAAAUGAAAGUGAGGAGGGUUGGUGACAAAAAUCUGAAUUUGUAUUCACUGAACUUAAACUUGGACUUCAGGAGUGGUCUGGUCAUAAGCGACCUUAGUUCUGAUCAGUUAAAGUUUCAGUCUUGUCUUUAAAACUAGACAAAAACUUGUAGGGAAAGAAAUGUUUGGGGGAGGAGAAGGAGUUUUAAGAUGCAUCUUAAAACAAUUUUCUCACUUGCAUCUUCAGUCUCUUUUUUUUUAAAAAAAACCCCAAACAGUAGUGACAAUUUUCCUUUUGCUGCCUAGUGCUUGUUAUGGUUGUUGAGUUCUUUGCUUUUCCCUGUUCUACUCUGCUCCUUCUCAAGCUACUGUGGAAUGAGGUAAUGUAAUGGAAGCAUGAAAGGACAAAGUGAGCAUGGCUCUAAGUUGACAGCAAUAGUUGGAGAAGGCUUUCUUUAUCGGUCUCCUUGAAGUAAGUGUUGGCACCUUUUCAGUCUACUCUAGGUCAUAGAAUUUGGUCUGGAGGUGAACAGGAUGAAACUUGGGCUUUUGACCAUAAAACUGUACUUACUUGCUGUAGAAAAAUGCAUUCUUCCUACUCUUCCUCUUGCUAGUCCCCCAAACA